AUGGCAACUCGAAGUGACUUAACAGGUAUUUCGACUAGUAACAAUACAACUUCAAAUAAUAAUAAUUAUGCAUCGACUGACAUAGACCUUGAUCAACAAACACAAGAACAACAAAAUGAAAUUGAAAAAGAAGUUGCCGAUCAUCAACCAUUAAUAAGUCCUAAAAUUAAAACAAGUGAAUUAAAAAAUGAAUAUUUAUUAGAAGAUAAAAUUUAUCAAGAUAAAGUAUCUGAAUUAAUGAAAAAAUAUAAAUAUAUACGACGUACACGAGGUGAUGGUAAUUGUUUCUAUCGUGCAUUUGGUUUUGGUUAUCUUGAAGAAAAUUUAAAUAAUAGAAAUGAACUUGAGCGAUUUCGUCAAUUAACAAAUGAUUUAAAAAAUAAACUUGUUCAAUUAGGUUAUUUAGAUUUUACUGUUGAAGAUGUUAGUGAUGUGGUUCUCGAAGUAAUUGAUAAUGUAGGCAAAGGUGGAAAUGAAACAAGUUUAAUGGAAAAUUUUUGUUCACCAGCAUAUUCGGAUUAUUUUGUUGCUUAUUUACGGUUAUUUACAUCGGCUUAUCUUCAAAUGAAUUCUACAUUUUUUGAAAAUUUUAUUGAAGAUGGAAAAACUGUAAAGCAAUUUUGUAAUACCGAAGUUGAACCAAUGGCACGUGAAUCAGAUAAUAUUCAUAUAAUUGCCUUAGCUAAAGCAGCAGCUGUUCCUUUACGUGUUAUAUAUAUGGAUCGAAAUGAACAAUCUUUAUUAACAACACAUGAUUUUUCAGCGACAGAUGAUGAAAAUAAAAGUGCAUUUAAACCAAUGAUCACAAUGCUUUAUCGGCCUGGUCAUUAUGAUUUACUUUAUGAACAUUAA